AUGGUAUCCCAAUCGAUGGCGGCGACCGUCGGGUCUACUCCUGCUGCUACUGAAGCAGUCGUUGCUGAUAGCGCUUCUGUUGCGACCUCGGCCACCCCCAGUGAAUCUGCCGCGACUACAGCUUCCACCUCUUCGUCCCAAACUUCAACCGCCGCCCACACAACCACAACAUCCUCCUCUUCCAGUGAACCGGCGCCCACCACCAGUACGACUUCGUCUAGUACUAGCAGCACAUCUACGACUGUGCCAACCACAUCGACUACGUCGAGUACGUCGAGCACCUCUACUUCUGCUCCUACGACUACAGCUCAGCAGUCUACCACUUCAACGACCGAGCCGACAGUGAUUUCGUCGAUUUCCAGCAACAGCAACGGAGGAACCACUGUGGUCUACGUCACAUCAACAGCCCCUGCCAACACCGGUACAUCGACCGCCGCAUCCUCCAGCAUCACUAGCUCAGCCUCCUCGGCAUCUUCGACUGGAGCUGCUGCCGCUUCCUCUGGACUUUCAACCAAUGGCACCAUUGCUGUCGCAGUCGUCGUGCCGGUCGUUUCGGUCGCUCUGAUCAUCUUGGCCGCUCUUUUCUUCUGGCGCAAGCGCAAGGCGAAUAAGGCCGCUGAAGAGGAACGCCGCAAGGAAGUUGAAGAAUAUGGAUUCAACCCCAACAAUGACCCUACUCUUCCUGGCAUGGCAGGUGUUGUGGCUCCCAAGGAUGACACUUCUUCUGGUUACCGUGGCUGGGGAACUACCUCUGCCGGCCGUAAGGCGUCCACCAAUCUCUCCAGCGGAAUGGGUGGCCUUGCUAUGUCAGAAGGCAGCAGCCCCGGCUACCACCACGGUCCCACUCCCAGCGAAGGCACCGUGCAAUAUUCUGACGGCGCCCGACCGGAUUCUGGUGAGGUGGAACCCAUUGGUGUGUUGGGUGCAGCCCCUGUAGCUGCGAACAACCGUAACGGCGACAUUCACCGUGGCCCGUCCAACGCUUCUUCGGCUUACUCCGCUGCCAACCGCUCCGAGGCUUCAGAAGAAAGCCACAUGUCUGCUGCACACCCUUCCGGUGGAUACUACGGUGAGAACCCGUACUAUGGUGACAUGAACACCAACGGGGCCUAUGGUGGUGACGAAUACCAACCUGUGAUCCGGGAUGUUCAAGCGCGUCGCAAUACUCGCAUUGAAAAUCCGGGUGUCUACCCACGACAAGGGAAUGCCGGUAUUGCCCAAAACUUCUGA